ACGAGAUUUGACAUGUCUGAGUCCGUCUCGAGUUGUCAAUAAUGCCAUGACACAAUCAAGUAGGUUUAAAUGUCUAAAGUUUUUUGUUUUUGACUAGGUGCAGCAAUGUUGAAGUUAUAAUUUUAGUUACCAAUUUUCAGUAAUAUUUAAUUACUACUAUUAUAUUAAUUGUGAUAGAAAAGCAGACAAAAUGAUUGAAUUCACAGACGACUGGAUGAUGCACAAGAGCAUCCUCGGCGAAGGGGCGUACGGAGAAGUUAAAUUAAUCGUUAACAAACACACAAACGAGAAGAUAGCUUGCAAGAUUAUUAAUUACGGCAAACACGACGAUGUGGAAGUCAGUAUUAACAAAGAAGUGAUAAUUCAUCGAAUGUUGAACCAUGACAACAUUAUUAAGUAUUUUGGGAGAAGGAAAGAACCUCUGAGGGAAUAUAUUUAUUUGGAAUAUGCGUCACGUGGUGAACUUUUUCAGAUGAUUGAGCCCGACGUGGGGAUGUCAUCUUGUUUAGCGCAAACUUACAUGAAACAGUUGUUAACUGGGUUACAGUAUUUACACAACUUAGGAAUCGUUCACCGUGACAUAAAACCCGAGAAUUUGUUGAUCAAUGAUGAGGGGGCACUCAAAAUUAGUGACUUUGGUAUGGCUACGUUGUUCCGUUGUAAAGGAAAAGAGAGAUUGUUGGAUCGAAAAUGCGGUACUAAGCCUUAUUGCGCACCCGAGAUUUUUGUAAAACCGUAUAAAGCGCAGCCCGCUGAUAUUUGGAGCUGUGGAAUAGUGUUAAUCGCGAUGUUAACAGGAGAGCUGCCUUGGGCAGACACUACUUGUGAAGAAUUCAUCAACUACAAAAAUGAUAGUUACAUCACAGUCACCCCCUGGAGUAAAUUAGGAAACGCUACCCUAAGUCUAAUCCGGAAAAUCCUUGCCAUAGACCCCAACAAGAGACUGACUAUAGACCAAAUCAUGAAGCACCCAUGGAUGAAAUUCAAUUUUGAGGACCAAAAAUCUGACGUUGUUGACGGGUCUAAUCCACACUUGGUGAAGCGCUGGAACUCCAUGUUGGAAGCCGAGACCCGCAUUCACAGAACCAACCCCAACGUGACGCUCUCUCAACCCACUCCAGCGGUCCGGCCUACGUCCAUUGACCAACUGGUGACCGAUUUAAGAACAAAUCGUGAAGUUGUGUGCUUCUCGCAGCCUACUCAUAACGACGAUAUGCUCCUCAGCUCGCAACUUCACUUCAACGAAACUCCGCUCACUAGAGAAAGUUUCAAUAAUCUAGUGAAGAGAAUGACGAGAUUUUAUGUUACAACUAACUAUGAGAAAACUUUGGAAGUGUUGUGUUCUGUUUUAGAUACUUUUCAUUAUAACUGGCAGACGGAUAGCACUGGAGCUGUAACAAUUUCGACCGUUGAUUUAAUGAAAAAUCAGCUGGUUUUUAAGACUAAUGUUAUAGAGAUUCAGGGGAAAAUUCUCGUUGACUUCAGGCUUUCCAAAGGCUGUGGUAUCGAAUUUAAGAAAAAAUUCAAGAAACUGAGAGAGUGCCUUGACGAUAUUGUUGAAAAAGACGAAUAGUUUGACGUUCCUUAACUUGUUGCUUUGUUGUUUGAUUUUUGUACUUUGUAAUAUUUUUCUAAUAAAAGGGUUUAAUAUA